AUGGAUCCCUUAUCCAUCGGUAGUGCAGUGGUUGGCCUCGUCCUCGGUGGAUGCAAGAUCAUAAAACUUCUUCAAACAGUCACGAACACAGUCGUUAAUGCUCCCAAAUCUGCAACCGCGGCGAUACAGGAAGUAACCGACAUAGGAGCGGCUCUGAGUUCAUUGCAAGCAUAUUUGAUGGGUGCGGCUGCUACCACCAAUUCCCGGGCAGCGCUUGUGUCAUUGGAGAAUAUCGUAGUGACGUUGACGGGAUGUGUAACAUCAUAUUCUGAGCUCGAGACUAUCACCGAAAAGUGUUGUUCGCCAUCUUCAAUGGGGGCUUUCGAUCGUGUCAAGUGGGCAUUCCACGAGGGUGAGAUUAACGGCAUUCUCCAACGUCUACAGAGACAUAAGACAUCUAUGAUAAUGAUGUUGCAGAUCUUACAAGCACAUACACAACAAGAGGUCAACGACUCUGUGCGGCGGCUUGUUGGCUUAGUGGAGGCAUCCUUACAAGAUAGCAAUGAUCUCAGGAUUCGCAUGUUAUCCAUUGAAGCAGAUCAUGGGUAUGGACAAACCGCUGCGCUAUCCCAAGUUCAAAGAAAUUUUGAGAAUGAAGCCGGCGAAAUGCGGUCUUUUGAGAAAGACCUCCAGGACUCCCGAGUGUACGGCCGAGUCAACAACCGACACUCACUAUACGAACUAUCGAACUCACAACGAGGGUCUAUGGCGCUAUCCAGUUUCUCAGAGCUGAGUCUCGGUAGCGUAUCGAAAAUAUCUGUCCUCUCCCUGCCGAUCUGGAGUGUGGAUUUGGCGAACAGCAGACAUUACCUUUUU